AUGAGCCGUCGAAGCCAACUCCUCCUGUUAGGGACUCUUCUGCUGUAUCUGAUGAUGGCACCGGUUGUCGCAGUCGACUCUCGCCAUUCUACUUCCUCAGACAACAACGGUGGUGAUGAUUCUUCUACUACCGGUACUAGUGGUAGUGCUGACUACUUGUACAAAUGCCAAGAUUUGAUUCCCAAUUUGUGUCCCUUGGAUGUGGAAGAGGGCGAAUUGAUCGUCAAAGGAAUUCCAGUCACUUACUGGAAAUACACACAGAAGCAACACAGUUCUACCACUAGCAGUAGUACUGCUAGUAGUGCUAGUACUAGUGAUAAGUUGCCCAUUGUAGCACUCCAUGGAGGCCCUGCCUUUACACACAACUACAUGCUCCCACUCCAGCAACAAGCAUGUCAUGGAAGACCCAUUUACUUUUACGAUCAGGCAGGAUGUGGAAAAAGUAGACCCAAACACGAUGCAUCACUGUUGGACAAACACCCGUGGCUCCUCGAUCCCGACUAUUACGCGACGGUCGAAUUGCCCGCACUUUUGGAUCAUUGGAACUUACGCGGGUAUCAUAUUGUCGGAAGUUCGUGGGGCACCUUGUUGGCACAACUCUUUGUAUUGAAUGCUACAACAUCACAAACGCAAGGCUUGCAAUCCAUGGUCCUCUCGGGACCUUUCUCGGACAGUCAAUCCUACAUUCAAGCUCAGUGGGAUCCUGUCGACGGCACUCUGGGAACGCUCCCCGAUUACGUUCAAGACCGCAUUCAUACACUCGAACAACAACAGGCUUAUCAGUCGAAAGAGUAUCAAACUCUCAAUCAAGUUUUGAAACGAUUCUUUACCGUACGAACACCAUUCACCGAUUGUUAUUUGAAGGCCGAAGAACAUGCCAAUGAAGAAAUUUACACUGCCAUGCAGGGACCUUCCGAAUUCACCAUGUCGGGAGUUUUGGCACCGUACAAUGUCACGGAUCGAUUGCCAACAAUCACCGUCCCCGUCUUGUUGACACAUGGACGAUUCGAUACCAUGCGACCCUCCAUCGUACAAACAAUGCAAGAGCAGUUGCCGAAUGCACGCUCGUUACUAUUGGAACGAUCCGGACACGUUUCCAUGAUUGAUGAACCCGGUAAAAUGAAUACUGCCAUGGCACAAUUCUAUCAACAAGUCGAAGAUGGAACCAUAGCCACAACACAAGCACAAGCGCAACCACCACAGCGCACUACUACUACUACAGCAAGUCUCCACGACGACUUGUGGGAACGUGUCUUGGACCACCGGACGUUUGGCACAACAACUACAACAGCGCAUUCCGUAAAAGCAUCGACGCCGCCACGAGGUUCUUCCAUGUUCCUUCUCGUUACAGCGGCGGUGGCAUCAUUGAUGGUGGGGUUUCUGUUGGGGGAACUCACGGCAAGACGGCGUUAUCGCAUGCAGUACGUACCCAUGCAGUAA